GGUGGCGAGUGUGGCCCCCCCCCCACUCUAGGGCCCUAGGGCUGCUGUCUCCCUGCCCCCGCGCCCAUCCUGUGCGUGGUCUGGGUGUUUUAUGAUCACGGUGAGUUUCGCUGCUGCUCCCCGGCCCUGCGGGAGGCUCCCAGCCCCUGGCCCGCUGCAAGGCCGGACCGCAGCCCCCUCCCCUUCGCCCCCGCAGACUUCGUGCUGGUGUGGGAGGAGAAGGUGCGGCCCCCGAAGAAGAGGAGGGGGAAGCUGGCGGCUCACGAGGCCAGAGGCGACCGGCCACGCGGGCACCACGAGCACUGGAGGAGGAAGUUCCUCAACAACCUGAGAAAUGCCGGGCUGCUGAUGGAGAAGGCCCAGCCCAACCCGGACUGGAACAGCUCCGCCGAGGUCCUGAGGAGACUCUGCAUCCCCAACGCCCUGCACCAGCACGUCCCCAACAAGCCCGCGGACUAUUACACCUGCGCCUUCCGCAGGUCCAAGCUGGACAAGUUCCUGGGCAGCGACUCCCGGGACUCCUACUUCAGCAACACGCAGAGACAUCGCAUCGUGAGUAGGGUGGGGGGAGCGUGGGGACCUCAGGGGCCUGCCCCACUCCCAGCCCUGCUCUGCCCAGGUCCGUAAUUAACCCCGUUGCCCUAGAGGCAGCUCCACGGGCCCAUCACAUGGUGGGCAGCCAGAUCGAAAUCCCCUGGCUCUCUAAUGGGCUGAUUUA